AUGAAGGCAUCUUUCACUCUACUGGCACUGGCCACUGCCGCCUUUGCUGAAAAUAUUAUUGCACGCAACUCUCCGUCUGAAGUUGCUUACACCACAACUGAAGUUGCCAUAACUUACACGACGGUGUGUCCCGUUACGCAAACGAGUACUGAAUCGGGCACUACAUAUACAGAAACGCAUACGACAACUUCAGUUGUAGAGACGGUCAUCCCUACCACUAUUGAGGUGGCCACCACCCUGCCGGAUGUUACGACUAGUGCUACAGACGUUUACUACAGCACGUCGACCUCCCUUUGCCCAGUUACGGAGACGAAGAUGGUUUCCGGGGGAGUUGUUACAUUGACAUAUACGAGCACUAGCCUCGUCGUCACUGAAAUCCCAACCAAGGUUCAAUCAUACACUACACUGCCUCCUUCAACUACGAAUACUACCGCGAUUUCUUACACCACGUCAACCAGUCUAUGUCCGAUCACUGAGGUUGAGACUGUCUCUGGACAAGUGGUGACAAAGACAUAUACAUCAACCAGCUUGAUUGUAACUGCGGUUCCCACAAAGGUUGAAUCUUACACCACACUUUCCCCAGUCACUACAAAUAUCGAAAGCUUUGUGUACUCCACCUCCACAUCGUAUUGCCCAGUUACGACUGUUUCCACCGUCUCUGGCUCACCGGUAACCGUCAUUUAUACAUCGACGAGUCUGGUCGUUGCGAAAAUCCCCACCACAAUUGUUGAAUAUACCACUCAACUCACUACGGAAUACGAGACUACGGAUGUUGCAACAACGACGACCUGUAUCGAAAGUGUUUAUACAACUGUGUCGAGUGGCAGCACCGUUGUUUUGACUGCGACCGAGACAAAUACUAUUCUGGUGACUUCUCUCUAUACCAUAACAUCGACCACAGAGCCUCCUACGACGAAGGCCACAGUCUACAAUUCUAUCACUCUCGCAACAAGCGUGCCAGUCACAGAAGUCGUCACUGUCCCUUCGGAAAAGACUGCCACCUCAAGCGGAGGCACUGUCUACUCAACGGUACCCAUAACCAUCGAGUCGACUGCCACUGCAGCUCCCUCGACC